CAGCCCACUUAAGAAGAACACAAGAAAGAGAAGCUGGUGACCAUGACAGCAACAUAAGUUCAGACAGAUGUCAGAUGAAUGUUUCUGAUGCAUCAUCUCUCUCUAUCCUGAAUCUGCUUUCUGCUACUGUUGGCCGAGCCUCUGGAGCAUAGUCAACUUAUUGGCACAUUCAUCCAUUCCCUUAGGAGCAGUACACAUCAAAUACUCCAGCCUCCAAUUCUUCAGGGCAAAAUGCUGUUUCCUGCUCAAUUUCUGUUCCUCCUGCUACUUUUGGGAACCUCGAGAACAGGCAACUCCCACAAGCUCUACCAGACAGAGUCCAUCUUUAGCUGUCUUAAUACAGCUAUAUCUGGGGCUAAAAGUCAGCUACGUGAUGGGUCCUCAUUGAGCAAGAGGAGCUUUGGUUACAUUCCCAGUGAGGAACUAUCAUCUGAGGAGGAGGGCAAGGAGGAGAAAGAAGAGGAUGAAGAGGACAAGGAAAAAAGGACUUUAUCUGGGGGUAGUGGUGGGAUUGGGGCAGGGAUUGAGGGCACCAGGUAUAAGUACCAGUCCCAGGCACAGCUAAAGAGGAAGUUAUACCAGAACAAGGCCCAGAGUGACCGGCAUGCUAAGUUCACUCUGUCCCUUGAUGUCCCUACCAACAUCAUGAAUAUCCUUUUCAACAUAGCCAAGGCCAAGAACUUGAAGGCCAAAGCAGCUGCCAAUGCUCACCUUAUGGCACAAAUUGGGAGAAGGAAAUAAAGAUGCUUCUAGAGGGAGUCAAGCAGAAGCUGUAGGGAGUGAGAAGCAUGCCAUUUAGAAAGGCUAAGCAUGUAUUUAGGGUGAGGUGAGAGGAAGGGUUUAGUAAUCUAAUUAGUGUUUGUGGUUGUGACCUACCCCUGAUUAAUCUAUAUCACUUAUUCCCUCCUGGGUCUGCCUGGUGACUACCUUUUCUCUGUACAUAUAAACAAAAUUGUAGGUUUUUAAACUUUAAAAGUCCCAGUGGCAUUUAAAAAUGCCAUUUACAACCUACUCUUUCUUCCCUUCCUCUGGCCUUAGACAAAGCUAAUGUUUUUCUUCUCUGAGUCUCUCCCAUUUGACCCCUUAUCUAUGAAGAGAAUUGGUAGAAUUUAUCUC